GCGACCGCGGGAGGAAGGCUACUCUCAGGCCAAGACCUCGCUGCAAUCCUCUGGCCGGGGAUCGGUUUGCGACCGGCUCGCUUUCCCCAGAUCAGGGUAGUGGGCGCACCCCCGCAGAGGCUUGGGGAGCCCCACAGCCUUUGCGCGCCGGUCCGCUGGUGUCCGGUCCGCUGGUGUCUUGCUUGCUCGCGGUGGGGAGUAGAAGAAGCUGUCAGACUGUCUGUCAACAGGUGGAGGGAGGGACGAGCGCUGUACUGCUUGGAAGAAAAAAAAAAAUGAGCAGAAAAAGCAAAGCCUUAGAGAGCCGGAAAGCUCCAGUCGCUUUCGGAAUGGACACAGUGCCCCCAAAAUAGAAGAUUUAAGAAAAACAAUCGACUUUUCCGUUCCGGCUUUCCAAGGAAGGAACUACACAAGGGGGAGAUUAUCCUGGGAGUAAGCCUUCAAGAUAUAUGUCAAAGAGCUCAGGUUUCUUUUAUACUCCUAUUUUCAUGCUAAACUUUUUUGCUACCUGCAUGUUCCAGACUGACCUGAUCUCCCAGGCCAAACUUCGGCCUUACAGUCUUGCCUUCCUCCUGUUUCUGGCCCAAGCAGAAACCCCUGGUGCCGCCUUUGCCCUCUCUAUAUCAGCAGAAUUCUGUGGAUUACCCUGCAGAAUGCACCUAGCGCUAGGAGACUAGCGCCCUUUCAACCUUCCAGUAAACUUUUGGCGCACUUCAUUCGCCUCUCCCUGUUUCUUUGUCCUUACUCAGCACACCUUUUUGUCCAGGAAACCUCCGCUCUAGGGAUGAAUACAGAAAUAUCUGCACUCCCCUCGGAACUUCCACUGUCUCUUCUCUCAACUCAGAAGAUAAGGAAUUCAAAGGCCAUCUCGCCUGCUCUUUGCUGUUUGUCUGUGGGAAUGGUUAGGUCUCACACCCAUCACAAAAGGUAGAAGAUGAACAAGCCCCUGACACCAUCCACAUAUGUGCGCAGCCUCAAUGUCGGACUCAUUAGGAAGCUGUCGGAUUUUAUUGAUCCUCAAGAAGGAUGGAAGAAAUUAGCAGUAGCUAUUAAAAAGCCAUCUGGUGAUGAUAGAUACAAUCAGUUUCAUAUAAGGAGAUUCGAAGCCUUACUCCAAACUGGGAAAAGCCCCACGUGUGAGCUGCUGUUUGACUGGGGCACCACAAACUGCACAGUCGGGGACCUUGUGGAUCUUCUGGUCCAGAUUGAGCUUUUUGCGCCUGCUACUCUCCUGUUGCCGGAUGCUGUUCCCCAACCUGUCAGCAGUAUACCGUCUAGAGAAGCUGCAACGGUGGCACAGACACACGGGCCCUGCCAUGAAACAGUCAGGACAUUGGUGACGCCUAUGCCGAGGCUAGAACAGAGCUGUGGGCAACCUGACUCCUCAAGCUCAGACGACAAAAGUUCAGCAUCCAGCGACACUGGUACCCGUUUCCACAGUUUUUCAUUUUAUGAGUUGAAGAGCAUCACCAAUGACUUUGAUGAGCGUCCUGUUUCUGUCGGCGGCAGCAGAAUGGGAGAGGGAGGCUUCGGAGUGGUGUACAAAGGCCACAUGAAGGACACGGCUGUGGCGGUGAAGAAGCUGGGAGCGAUGGUUGAAAUUAGUACUGAGGAACUAAAGGAACAGUUUGAUCAAGAAAUUAAAGUAAUGGCAAAGUGUCAGCACGAGAACCUGGUGGAGCUGCUUGGCUUCUCAAGCGACAGCGACAACCUGUGCUUAGUAUAUGCUUACAUGCCCAAUGGCUCCUUGCUCGACAGACUGUCCUGCUUGGAUGGCACUCCACCCCUCUCUUGGCACAUGAGAUGCAAGAUUGCUCAGGGUGCAGCUAAUGGCAUAAGUUUUCUCCAUGAAAAUCAUCAUAUUCAUAGGGAUAUCAAAAGUGCAAAUAUUCUACUAGACAAAGACUUUACUGCCAAAAUAUCUGACUUUGGGCUUGCGCGAGCUUCUGCAAAGUUUACCCAGACAGUCAUGACCAGUCGGAUCAUGGGCACAACGGCUUACAUGGCACCCGAAGCUCUGCGAGGAGAAAUAACGCCCAAGUCGGACAUCUACAGCUUUGGCGUGGUUUUAUUAGAGCUCAUCACCGGACUUGCGGCUGUGGAUGAAAACCGUGAACCUCAAUUACUACUGGAUAUUAAAGAAGAGAUCGAGGAUGAAGAGAAGACGAUCGGGGAUUAUACCGACGAGAAGAUGGAUGAUGCAGACCCUGCGUCCAUUGAAGCCAUGUACGCUGCAGCUAGUCAGUGUCUGCACGAAAAGAAGAACAAGAGGCCAGACAUUGUGAAGGUUCAACAGUUGCUGCAAGAGAUGCCUGCUAAACACGAGUGAGAUAGACUAUAUAUAAUCUAUAUAUAACACACUCUAUAAGCACUUACUCCUCGCCUUUGUUUUUUAACGUCUUGUGGUCCUGAAAACUGAACAAGCACUUUGGCACUGAGCUACAUCACCAGCCUGUUUUUUGGUUCUGUUUUCCUAAAUUUGUCUUUAUAUUUAACACGGCAGCAUGGUGCACUGUACUGGCUGAUUAAUGGAUGUGUUGAUGGGCUGCCGGAAUCACUGUUGCAUGGCGGUACUUGGCCCCCCCUCCUUUGUAUGGAGAUCAUUUUCCAUGGCAAUAUCAUCAAAUUACAGCAACUACAAGGUUCAGGAAAAUAGCACGGCACUAGGGAGACCCUAGGGUUUGGGGUUUUGUUGUUGUUGUUGGCCCUAAAUGUCCUGAUACUCUCUCUCUAUAGACCAGGCUGGCCUUGAACUCAGAAAUCUGCCUGCAUCUGUCUCCUCUGCCUGCACCAUCACCAUAUAGCCAGAGACCCUGGUUUGAAGCUCAGCAGGCUCCGCUAAUCUCCUGUAAAGCCCUGGUCCAGCUCUCAGCUACCCUAAACCUCAGAUUUGGCUUUUCUGUUUUGUUAAUGAACUCUGUGCUUCUGUAAAUAACUCUUUUUAUGCUCCUGUACGUAACCCCCACAUGUACAUAACCUCCAUGGCUCCUCCCACCACUCCUGCUGUAACUCCCACACCUCCUCCUAUAUGUUACCCCCACCACUGCUCCUGUAACCCUAAUAGAAGUCAUUGGGUCACCAAGGUAGACAUGGGUGGACUCAAUCAUUCAGUCUGUCAUUGAUAUCCUUAUUUGAAUGAAUAGAUGUUUGCUUGUCUCCCCCAGGAAAAAUUCACACACUUAGUAAUUUAUGUGGGGCGUAACAGAACCAAUGAUCAGUUUAGGGGUGGUACUUGCAUUGUCUCUGCUAUGUGCAAUAAGAUAGCAACUGGAGCUGAUCUGCCUGAGGGUGGAGCACCCACCCAAGGGGACAAUCCUGAUGUCAUCCCUUCCCAUGUGGCAGGAAUGGCAGGCUCUCUUGCUGUACUGGGGGGUUUUAUAUGUCAACUUGAAAUAAGCUAGAGUCUUCAGAGAGGAGAAGCCUCGGCUGAGGAAAUACCUCCUUGAGAUCCAGCUGUAGGGCAUUUUCUCAUUUAGUGAUCAAUAGGGGAAGACCCAGCCCAAGGUGGGUGGUGCCAUCCCUGGGCUGCUGGUCCUGUGUUCUAUAAAAAGGUGAGCUAAGCAAGCCAGGAGAAUCAAGCGGGUCAGCAGAACUCCUCCACGGCCUCUGCAUCAGCUUCUGCCUCCGGAUUCCAGCCGUGCGUGAGUUCCUGUCCUGACUUCCUGCAGUGAUGAACAGAAAGGCUGAAGUGAGAGCCAGAUAAACCCUUUUCUUCCCGACUUGCUUUCUGCUCACAGUGUUUCAUCACAGCAAUGGAAACACUAACAAAGACACUUGCUGUAGUGGUGGCUGCAUCGGGCGCACGCCUUUAAUCCCAGCACUCGGGAGGCAGAGGCAGGCGGAUCUCUGGGAGUUCGAGACCAGCCUGGUCUACAAGAGCUAGUUCCAGGACAGACUCCAAAACCACAGAGAAACCCUGUCUCAAAAAACCAAAAAAAAAAAAAAAAGAAAAAGAAAAAGAAAAGACACAUAAACAAGACAGCAGUGGUCCACCUGCAGGCGGAGUCUCUGUGAGGAAAGUUCCAGAGAGGCCAUCUUCCUGUCGGUAUGCAAUGGCAUGCUUCUUUGAUGAGUGGAAUCGGCUGGCCAUUUCAUACUACAAUGAGAAAAAGGUGCAGAUUCUGCCCUCUGCAUUAUUCUCUGAAUUGGCAUGUAAAAUGAAAGAAAAAAAAAUGAGACCAGGGCAAAUGUCCUUUAAUGCCAGAACUUGGGAGGUAGAGCCAGGCAAAAAAAAAAUUUCUUAUGUUCCAAGGGACUGGAACUUUUGUUGGACCUCACAGCCAGUUAAUAAAAUUCCUUGCGGUCACUUAAGGCUGAUCUCCUACUGUGUACCUGUUUGCUGAGCCCACAUUUAAGAGAACAGUGUAACAAUCAACCGUAUUUGCCUUUGAUUCCCACAUAGUCUACUUUUACAACCAAAGCAAUGAAUAGCUGUAAUCUUGAGUUAUCUGGUCCUCCGUGUCCCUGACCUAGGAAUAAUACAUGUAUGCUUCGUUUGUUUGUAUUGUGAUAAUCGUUUGCUGAAAAUGUCAAAUAUAUAUUGAAAGCAGUCUUUUAAAGGCAGUCUUAUAAAAAUGAAUAUCUAUAAUCAUUGAACACAACA